AUGGAGUUGUUGAUUGAUUAUGCAGUAGAUCCAAACUUCGAUAUCCAGAUUAAUGCUCCAAAGUUACAAUCAUUCAAAUACUCUAGAAUUCUUGCGAAGGAUUUUGUUCUGCCUAAAUUUUUAACAUUGCUUGAUGCAGAAAUUGUCCUUGCAUGUCCAGCAGGUUGUAGGGAAAGGGGUGAACUUGGUCAUCUUGCAACGAAGCUUUUCAGUAGUCUUUCUUAUGUGAAACAUCUAACUAUAUUUGAUUGUAGCUUAAAGCGUCUUUCCUAUCAAGAUCAUUUCCAAAAGAAAAUGCCUACAUUUCAUAAUUUAAUCCAUUUGGAAGUCACGAGUGCAAGAUUAUAUUUUGGAUUAGGAUGUCGGGAUGAGGGUAAUCUACCAUGCUGGGUUGUUGGAAUACUACUUGACUUUCUUCAUAUCUCGCCUAAUCUGGAGUCACUAAUUUUUGCUGAAGGAUUGUGCAGAUAUGCUUCUACCAAUAGUAAUGAAUGGUCACUAAGUCCAAUUCCUCAGUGUUUGUUGCGAAGCCUCAAGUCGAUUGAAUUUCAAGGGGUUUGGGGGAAGCAAGUCGAGAAGGAUUUGAUAAGAUUGUUUCUGAAGAAUGCAAAAGUUUUGCAGAAGGGAAGGAGAUAUAGUAGAGAUUUGAAAUCAAUAGCUUUCUCAUUCCUCCUUCAGCAGCAAGACACCCACAUGGAGUUUGAGAAAAGGCCUGAGAAACCAGUUCUUGAACCAAGUUGUUCUCGCAGCUUACCGUGGUUUGUACGGCCAACCAGUUCUUGGUCAGAGUUUGAUUUCUUAGUCUUUUGUUGUGGUCUUUAGUUCUUAGAGUUUACCUUUCAUUUCUAAUUUCUAAAUGGUGUAGUGCCUCUAUUGUUU